GACACAUGGCCGAGGGGAGGGGCAAGAGCAUCACAAAGGGCGUCGGUGACGUCACAGGGACGAGCCGCUGCAGCUGGUGGGCCAUUUUACUCCUGUCAGUGUGGGCAGCAUCCGUAAAACCAUAUUAUAUGAACGUACACGGCGGCAAUAAGUAACGCAGUCGCUUGUCUUUUGUUUUGUAAAAGAAUACAUAAAAGCAUCCAUCUCCAUGAACUGUUGGUGCUCGACUCAUCUUUCCCCUGAUGUGUGGAGCACUGGUUUGAUUUUGUUGGUGAAGAGCCUGGCACUGUGAAGGAGGAAGGAGGACUCUCUCUCUUUCUCUCUCUCUCUCUCCCCCCCUACCCCUUCCCUCCCUCUCUCCCUCCCUCCCGAACUUGCUGAAGUGUCCAAAGCGUCGUGUAUUUCAUCGCCCAGUGCCCACCUUCCUUUCCCAGCAGCUGCUCUUUUUUUAAAAAAAUAUUCUUCCCACUGGUUUAUUUUUUUUUGUAACCCCCACUUUCCCUCCCUCCCUUCCUCCCUAUCCCUCCCCCCUUCCUUCCUCUGCCUUUCUGCUGCCUCCUCGCCCACCACCAUGGCUCAGCAGCAGAUGACGAGCUCUCAGAAGGCCUUAAUGUUGGAGCUUAAGAGUUUGCAGGAGGAGCCGGUGGAAGGUUUCAGGAUCACUUUGGUGGACGAGUCCGACCUCUACAAUUGGGAAGUGGCGAUCUUCGGCCCCCCCAACACGCUCUACGAAGGAGGCUAUUUCAAGGCUCAUCUGAAAUUCCCAAUAGAUUAUCCAUAUUCUCCACCAACCUUCAGAUUUCUGACAAAAAUGUGGCACCCAAAUAUUUAUGAGAAUGGAGAUGUUUGCAUUUCAAUCCUCCACCCACCUGUAGAUGAUCCCCAGAGUGGUGAACUCCCUUCUGAAAGGUGGAAUCCAACCCAAAAUGUCAGGACUAUACUUUUAAGUGUCAUCUCUUUAUUGAAUGAACCAAACACAUUCUCACCAGCAAAUGUGGAUGCUUCAGUCAUGUUCAGAAAAUGGAGGGAUAGCAAAGGAAAGGACAAAGAAUAUGCUGAGAUCAUCAGGAAACAAGUACUCGCAACCAAGGCUGAAGCUGAAAAGGAUGGGGUAAAAGUUCCAACCACACUGGCUGAAUAUUGCAUCAAGACCAAAGUGCCUUCUAAUGACAACAGUUCAGACUUGCUUUACGAUGAUUUAUAUGAUGAUGAUAUAGAUGAGGAAGAAGAGGAGGAAGAAGAUGCUGACUGCUAUGAUGACGAGGACUCUGGAAAUGAGGAGUCGUGACGUACACAGGCCAGGGAAGGAGCAACACCAGCCUAGCACCAGCCCAGCACAGAACUUGUCACCUGCUGCAUCCUGCUGUGUGGGUUGUGAAAUGCUCCUUUUGAAUGGACCUCUGAACUCAACAGAUUGUCUAUGAAACCUCCAUACUAUAAUCCCACCAUAUAACUGGAUCUGCUCUGUCUCUUCAAAACAAAAAAUGUCCACAUCUGAUUCUUAAGCCCUUCGUGUCAUGGAAGCCUAUGUAAGCCCAGUAAUUUGAUUAUGUUUUGGGAAGUGGGUGAGUGGGGAAAUAUGGAGAUGUAGCACUCAGCAGUAAAAUGGACUGCCAAGGUUAAGCUGCUCCUGUCACAAUAGUGUGCAUCUCUUGAUAUUUUUUUCUUAACUAUGUGGUGAAUUCUUUUUCUGGGGUGGGGGAGGGGAGAUGGGGGGAGUGUGUAAUCUACUGCUUUUUGAUUCUUAAAUAUGUUAGCCCUUAGAUUUUUCUUUGGCAGUUUUUACAAGCCUUGACUACAUGGCAUUCUCCAGGAGUUUGCAUUGAGUUUUUUAUUGUAGUUGUAGAAGUUCUAUCAUACGCUGAGUUUGAUCAAGUUUUCUCAACUUUUCUAUUUUCGAAAAUUGUGGUCAGAGUUCCUGAAUUUUGCUUUAAAACACCCAAUAUUAGUGCGAUGUUUGCUGGAACUUGGCAUAUUUAUUUUUUUUUGCAGUCGCUGGAUUUUUCACUUGACAAACACGUUUACAUGAUGUAAGGCAAUGGUAAUAGAUCAGAGAAUUAUAUUAAAUAGCGAAAUGAAAACCAAUAUCAUGCACUAAAUAACAUAAUUGCUCUAAUUUCCAGCUGCAGGUCUUCGAAUUUUUUGUUUAUUCGCUACCAUUCAUUUUCUUCCUUGUUAGGUAUCUGAAACAUUUUGUGUUGUCUUCUUUGCUAUAGAUUACUUUGUCUUUGCAUCUACUAAUAAAAUGUGAAUAAAAAUGCUGGUUUUGUUAUG